UCAGCGGGAAACCAAAAUGGCGAACGUGCUGGGGGAAAAUGAGCCGUUUGUUAUUUUCUGAGGAAGCCACAAACCCCGCACGUUUCCUUACAUAAGCCUCUGAAGCGAUUUCAGCUACGCGACGAGCGGGAUAAGAGCGGCUCUCUUGUCCGCUUAUUUUUGUCGUACGUGUCGUUUGUAGAAGCGGAGGUGACCGAAUGAGAGACUCAGGAGUUGUGGAUCACCUGUCUGUGCAUCACAGAGCUCUUCCCCCACCGCAGCAGCAGCAGGCUGUGUCCUUGUCCCCCACAAGCCCUUCUGCCAGGGGAGAGUAUGGAGAAGACGGCAUGUCUGACAGGUUUUCAGAGGGACAGGACGUUCUGGCCCGGUGGUCAGACGGUUUGUUCUACUUGGGGACAAUUGCAAAGAUAGAUCGGGACAAGCACCGAUGUUUUGUGGUUUUUGAGGAUCGAUCAAAGUCGUGGGUUCUUUGGAAGGAUAUUCAAACAGGGGAAGAAGACGAUGACGAUGACGACGAUGAUGACAUUGUGUGCUCCAUAUGCCAGGAUGAAACCUCAGAGGAACCCAAUGAGAUUGUCAUUUGUGACAAGUGUGGACAAGGCUAUCACCAGCGGUGUCACUCCCCUGUCAUCGAUGCUGCUGUCAUUGACUCUGAUGACAAGUGGCUUUGCUCAGAGUGUGAGCUCACUUCUAUAUCUAAGAAGGGUGGUGCACACAGAAUGGGAGCGUCUGCUAAAGACCUUCUGCAGCAGGAGCAGCAGCACCACCACAUGGAGCUACACCUGUCCUUCCCAUAUGGCCUGGAGGAGCUGGUUUGGGACCAGGGCCACAAGACUAACAUACAGCAGUGUUACUGCUAUUGUGGCGGUCCAGGAGACUGGUACCUGAAGAUGCUGCAGUGCAACAGAUGUCAGCAGUGGUUCCACGAAGCCUGUCUCCAUUGCUUACAGAUGCCAAUGCUCUACGGAGAUAGGUUUUAUGUGUUUGUUUGUUCCGUUUGCAACAGUGGACCAGAGUACCUCAGUCGUCUGCCUCUCAGCUGGAAGGAUGUUGCACACCUGAGCCUCUACAACCUGAGUGUGAUUCACAAGAAGAAGUACUUUGACUCUGAAAUGGACCUGAUGGUGUACAUCAAUGAUAACUGGGAGCUAAUGCAGCUGGGAGAGCUCGCCAACACUCCACGAUCAGAGCGAUAUGAAAAUGUUUUGGAAGCACUUAACAGUAAUAGCUGCAUGUUCAUGUCAGGAAAGGAGGUGAAGAAAAAGAAGCACUUGUUUGGCCUAAGGAUCCGUUUUCCUCCUGUUCCCCCCAAUUGUGACGAGCCAACCGGCAGAGUGAUGGAGAAAGCUUCACAUGAGAUAACCAUCAAGGGAUGCAAGUCCACCAAAGCCCUUUCUGCCACAAGAAGUCCCAGUGCUCUUACCAAUGGCACAGAGAAGAAGAAGAAAAAGAAGAAAAGAAAGAGGAAGCAAGGAGCACGCUCUCUGGAGACUCUGGCUAAACCACAACGCUCCAGUGAGCCCUCGUCACAGGAAAUCAGGAAACCUCCACCACUAGAGCCCCAUGCAUUGGAUCACUUUACAUCUGUCAAGAGUGACAGGUCUCUGUUGUCUUCAAAAACUUCAGAUGUUGAAUCCAUUGGAGCCCUGAGCGCUUCAGAAACUACCUCAACUAGCAUUUCUAGACAGUCCAGCCUCUGUAGUUCCAGCAAGACACGUACAGCAGCCUCCAUCAUGCCUGUUUCCGCUCCACCUUUAAAAAGGAAACGUGGGCGGCCACGAAGGGUCCCGCAGCCCCCCAACCCGGAGAUCCCCCCUCCCAGCCACGCAGACCCGAACCCCUCAGCCACAGAGUUAUUGAACACCCUCCCAGGGCUUCACUCCACUGACAUAAUUCAUGGCAUGGACCCCAACAGCCAGCUCUCCCACCUCAAGAGCUCCAUCAGCAACUAUUUUGGAGCAGCGGGGCGUCUGGCCUGCGGGGAAAAGUACAAAGUCCUAGCCCGACGGGUCACCCUUGAUGGCAAGGUGCAGUACUUGGUGGAGUGGGAAGGAGUCACUGCGUCUUAGAUUUGUCACUCGUUGACCGUCACUUCUAACUUUUCACCAGCACCUACGGGAGGUAUAUGGCUGUGCUGAGGAUGUGUGUAUUCAGAGCAUUAAUUGAUUUAUAUGCCAUUUAUUUAGUUUAGACAGGAGCAAGUUCUGCCUGUUGAGCUUACUCUAUAAAGCCUAUUGGUUCAGUGCAGUCCAGGGUGAUUCUUACACACACACACACACACACACACACACACACAC